AUGCUGCUGAUGCUGUUCGUGUUCGCCAUCGUGCACAGCGGAGGCGCGGCGCUCCGGCCGGCGGCGGAGCGCGUGAUAGGCGAGCGCGCUUAUCGUGUGCUGUUCGCGGGGAUCUCGCUGCCGCUCGCCGUAUCUGCCGUGGUCUUUUUCAUCAACCAUCGCUAUGACGGUUUCCCUCUCUGGCAGCUACGUGGCGUGCCAGGCAUGCACGAGUUCGUGUGGGCGCUCGCCUUCGUCUCCUUCUUCUUCCUCUACCCCUCCACAUUCAAUCUGCUCGAGGUGGCAGCGGUUGAUAAGCCCAAGCUGCACAUGUGGGAGACAGGGAUUAUGCGAAUCACCAGGCAUCCCCAGAUGACCGGUCAGCUGCUCUGGUGCGUAGCGCACAUGCUCUGGAUCGGCUCAUCCUUCACAGCAGUCACGUCCCUCGGCCUGUGCCUGCACCACCUCUUUGGCGUGUGGCACGGCGACCAGCGACUGGAGAAGAAGUAUGGAGAGGCUUUCGACGAGGUCCGUAAGCGCACGAGCAUCGUCCCUUUUGCAGCCAUUCUCGACGACAGGCAACAGCUGCCUCGGGAUUAUUACAAGGAGUUUCUGCGCGUGCCGUACAUUGCAAUCACAGCCAUGACUGUUGGCGCCUACUUCUGCCAUCCCCUCAUGGUUCAGGCCAGCUUUUGGCUUCACUGGUAG